AUGAGGAACAGUACAGAAGUGACAGAGUUCAUUCUCCUGGGACUAACCAAUGACCCAGAACUGCAGGUUCCCCUCUUUAUAAUGUUCACGCUCACCUACCUCAUCACUCUGAUUGGGAAUUUGGGGAUUAUUAUGUUGAUUGCAUUGGACUCUCGUCUCCACACUCCCAUGUACUUUUUCCUCAGUAACUUGUCUCUGGUGGAUUUUUGUUACUCCUCAGCUGUCACUCCCACAGUCAUGGCUGGUUUCAUCUCAGGAGACAAGGUCAUCUCCUACAAUGCAUGUGCUGCUCAGAUGUUCUUUUUUGUAGCCUUUGCCACUGUGGAAAAUUACCUCUUGGCCUCAAUGGCUUAUGACCGCUAUACAGCAGUGUGUAAACCCCUGCAUUACACCACCGCCAUGACAACCGGUGUGUGUGCUUGUCUGGCCACAGGCUCUUAUGUCUGUGGUUUCCUGAAUGCCUGCAUCCACACUGGAGAUACAUUCAGUCUCUCUUUCUGUAGUUCCAACGUGGUCCAUCACUUUUUCUGCGAUGUUCCAGCAGUCAUGGUUCUCUCUUGCUCAGACAGACACGUUAGUGAGCUGGUUCUUGUUUAUGUAGUAAGCUUCAACAUCUUAUUUGCUCUUCUGGUUAUCUGGAUAUCCUACAUAUUCAUAUUUAUCACCAUCCUAAAGAUGCACUCUUCUGCAGGAUAUCAGAAGGCUUUAUCCACCUGUGCUUCCCACUUCACUGCAGUCUCCAUCUUCUAUGGAACUAUUAUCUUCAUGUACUUACAGCCCAGCUCUAGCCAUUCCAUGGACACAGACAAGACGGCAUCCGUGUUCUAUGCUAUGAUCAUCCCCAUGCUGAACCCUGUGGUUUAUAGCUUGAGGAACAAGGAAGUCAAGAGAGCAUUUAUAAAGGUUGUUUUAGAAGCGAAAUUGUUUUUAUUAGGAUUAUGA